CUCGGCUUCUAGAGAAAUGCAGGGCGACGAAGAUGCUCUGGAGGAAGAUCGUGGAAUAUUGCCUGGUAAUAGCUAAAGGCAUGUUGAAGAAGUAAGAAUUCCCGAGGAAGUAAUUUGUCCGACAGAUGGCUUCCAAAAGACUCAGACAAAUACUUUUUUUGACAACCAUGCUGGUCUUUGCUGGGUUAUGUUUUUUGAUCAAGUGGACUUCAGUUGGAAUAUGCAACUUCUCUCAGACCAAAACUGAGGACAUGUUUUUAAAACAAGGCAGUGGACAUUUUUUGUUGGUACCUCAUUCAGAUUGUACCCAGAACCCUCCAUUUCUGGUCAUUCUAGUAACUUCCUCUCCUUCUGAUUUAAAAGUUCGCGUAAUAAUCCGUGAGACCUGGGGCAAAAAAAAAUUAAUAGCAAAUAAAUUGAUUGUAACCCAUUUUCUUUUGGGAACUACCUUGAACCCUGAAGAACAGGUUGCUGUGAUUAACGAGAGUCUGAAAUAUGGAGACAUCAUCCAGAAGAAUUUUAUAGAUGCCUAUUAUAAUUUAACAUUAAAAACUAUGAUGGGCAUUGAAUGGAUUCACAAAUUCUGCUCAGAGUCUAGCUUUGUAAUGAAAGCAGACUCAGAUGUAUUUGUAAAUACUUACUAUCUGACCGAACUCCUCCUUAAAAAAAUCCAAAAUACCAGAUUCUUCACUGGCUUUUUAAAACUAAAUGAGUAUCCAAUACGGAAAAUAUCCAGUAAAUGGUAUGUGAGUAAACAUGAAUAUUCAAAAAAUGCAUACCCUCCUUUUUGUUCAGGGACUGGCUAUGUUUUCUCAACAGAUGUUGCUACUCUGGUAUAUAGAAUUUCUGACAAAAUUCCCUUUAUUAAACUGGAGGAUGUAUUCAUAGGCUUGUGCCUUGCUGAACUUGAUAUCAAAUUGGAAAACCUCCAUUCCAAGCCAACCUUCUUCCCUGAAAGGCUUGAAUUUUCACCUUGCCGCUUUAAGAAAAUUGUGAUGAGCCAUUUUGUGAAACCUUAUGAGCAGAUGAUCUAUUGGAAUGCACUGGAGAAAUCCAUGGAUGAAAAAUGCACUGAUGGCUGAAAUCCUUCUGAACUGGUGGCAGAUGGUUUUGGUGAGGAAAUGUGUCAAAAUUAUCUUCAACAGGCAAAACUCUGAAAAACUCUAUUUUUUUCCUUAGAGAUUUCAUAGUUCAUUUAGCUUGAUAUUUUCCAGUCUCUGCAAAUGGUAGAAUGGAUUUUAAUUCCUAGAAUGCUUAGCAAUGGCUAUGCUGCUGGGGAUUUCUGGGAACUGAAGUCCAGCCAUCUUAAAGUUGGGAAACACUGAUUUAGCUAAAAUGGUUUUGGCUACACUAUUUUGUACAGCAAUCCUGUGUUCGUUGGCUGAGAAACAAGUCUUAUAUUUAAUUGGCUUAAUUAAAUUGCAUAAUAUUUGCUUUUAAGGUUGCAAAUUGCAAAUCACAUUUCCUCUAAUAACAUUAGCCUUUUGAAUUUAACCACAUUUUGUUGCUUUUAUCAACAAAUAUGUUCCACCGCUGUUACUAAUAAUGUUAUGUAAUGAUGUCUGGUAAAGAUCCUCGGAGAGAGGGCAAAGAGAUGCUGCCUAGGGAAUGGUCAGAUAAGAGACAUUGUAAUCUGUGGUGGUAGGGUGGGGUAAGAGGCUCAGAAAAGACCCUCCCUAUUUCUAGGAUGUAAAGGAGGUGGGAGGAGAACUGGAUUUUCAAACUUGCAAAGUUCUGUUAAUGUAAUCUAAGAAUAAAGUAGAAUUAAUUGAUCUGAUUGUUUUCUGUUUAGUCUAUCUGGUAAGUCUGAUAUAUUAAUACAAAUCCAGGAUGCUAUAAUGUUAACAUGUAGUUAACAUACAUUUGUAGUUUAUUUAUUUAUUAUUUAUUAUUUAUUAUUUAGAUUUUUAUACCGCCCUUCUCCCGAAGGACUCAGGGCGGUGUGCAGCCAGAUUAAAACAGAACAAUAUACAAAUUAAAACCAUAGUUAAAAUAACGUAUUCUAUAAAUGGCCAAAAAUUAAAACCGUCAAAUUUGACCCGUAAAUAAAAUACACCAGUUAAAAUUAUUAAAAUUUAAAAAUUUAGGAUAUUAAAAAUUAAGCCAGUCAUUUUAUACAAGUAGUCCUCAACUUACAACAGUUUGGUUAGUGACCGUUCCAAGUUACAGCAGCACUGAAAAAGUGACUUAUGACUGUUUUUCACACUUACAACCGUGGCAGCAUCCCCAUAGUCAUGUGAUCAAAAUUCAGACGCUUGGCAACUGACUCAUAUUUAUGAUAGUUGCUGUGUCCUGGGGUCAUAUAAUCACUUUUCGCGAUCUUCUCACAAGUAAAGUCAGUGGGGAAGCCAGAUUCACUUAAAAACCGUGUUACUGACUUAAGAACUGCAGUGAUUCACUUAACAACUGUGGCAAGAAAGCUCAUAAAAUGGGACAAAAUUCACUUAACAACUGUCUCACUUAGCAAUCUAAAUUUGGGGGUCAAUUAUGGUCAUAAGUCAAGGACUAGCUGUAUUUAUUUGAUAUAAAUAAUAUUUGACCAUUUACUGGAUAAUCAUUCUAAGUCAAGAGUGAAAUCCAAGGUUUUCCAGAGUUGAAAGUUUCUAUUAGCAGAAUUAGGAAGGAGAAGGUAUUUCUUUCUCCUGCAGCCUGCCCUCCCCUCCUCCCACCUGCCACACAUCACACUUUUUUGGAGGAUGGGAAAAACUGUUCCAGUAGUGAAAGGUAACCUAGGGAGUUGUUGGGAGAUAAGAAGAGAAGAAUGGCCCAUUCGUCCUCUAAGGGUUGGACAGGGUGAGGUUGGAGCCUGGGGACUGUAUCAUUGGAUAUAAUGGAGAAUAUGGGUUGAGCUAUCAGUUUUUUGGUUUCAAGUCUGAUAAUGUUUUUAUUAUUGUUGCUGUUAUUAUUGAGUCAUCCAGAGUUUGUUGGAUGGUUAUAUACAUCUUUUGAAUAUAUAAAUGAAUAUGUAGAAAUAUAGGUAAAAACAAAGAGGUGUAAUUUUUUUUAAAAAAAUGUCCCAGUCAUCUGGGACAAUUGAAACAGUGCAUUUAGAAUUCAGAUGUAAAGUUCUUCAGCCAUUGCACAUAAAUGAAUGAUUCUGUUGAUUCCAAUGAGAUGCUGAACAAUUACAUUUUUAACUGGCAAAUGUUGAAUAUCUUUUCAAUUUUUAGCCAAUGAAGUGCUGUAACAUCUAUUUUAUUAAAACAAAAUGCAUGGGUGAAAAUUAAAUGCUUGUAAUUUCCACCAAACUUACUUCCAAGUUGGCCCUUGGAUCGAAUUAGAUGUACAGAUAUUUGUGAAAAACCAAAUGUACAAAAUAUUUCUUUUUUUAAAUGGGCAAGUCCGAUUACUGACAAAGAAGAAAGUUUAUGUGAAUCAGGAAAAUGGUUGCUAUUAACAUGUUUCAACAUUGGCUUUUAAGCUGAUUUGACUUGAAAUGUUCAAGAGAGCAGCAAAGCUGGUACCAUUCAGAGUCAAUACUGAUUUACAGGAACUAAAAUCCAAAGUCUCUAUGUUGGGGGAAAGUAUAAUAAAUAUUUUAAGAAGCUAUAUAUAUAUUUAAAGGUUUAAUGUGGUCCUUGACCAUGUCUAGUUGCAGGCAGGUAAGGCAGGCCAUAUUUAUAAGAACUCAUGAAAAAGAGUUUAAUUUAAGAAAUAAGUAACUGUAUUUUAAGAUUGAACAAGGAUUGACUAGGAUAUUUUGGGCAUCUAAAGUAAACUAACAAACAAUUUGAGUAGAAAGGAUAUUUUAUACACAUAAAAAUAUCAUUUCCAAAUAUUCAUAUCAGAAGCUUAUAUUACAUUGUUUGUCAGAAACGUAUGUUCUAUUAUGUAAACAUAGAAACUGUAAUGUUUAAAGUAUGUUAAAUAAAAUGUUUUUUCUAUUCUUGGAUAUUACAUUGUAUUGCUUUGGGCUGCUUAUAUUUUCCUUGAGCGUUUAGUUGCAUAUUUGCAUUUUGCAUUUUUUUUUCACAUCCAACCUAUGUAUUAUACAUCAUUCAGAGUCUCACUAUAAAAUUCUUGAAAAUAAAAUCUCUAAUGAUGUACCUGGGUUCUAAAUGUGAUUCCUAGGGCAAGGAAUAACAGCAAUUACCCCAAUUUAAUUUAAUUUUUCAGAUUUAUUCAAUUAAAAAAAGAAUUGUGCUUUACUACAAAAUCUCCAUUCUAGUGUGUUUCAAGGAAAACAAUAUUUUUUCAGUGGAAUAUAAAUGAUUGAAAUGACAUCUUUAUAAUUCAUGCAUCAAAAUUCUUGAUGAGAAGGAAUAGCAAUUCUUCCUCCUAUCCUUCAAGACCAUUCCCUCUUCCUACUACAUCUAAGCAUCUUUUCUUGUGUUUCAUCUCCUAAUCUUCCUCAGAAAACCGAAGCUCUUUCAGAUUGGUGUUUGAAUAAGGGCAUUACCCAUUAACCAAAAGUAAGAGGUUGCGUUCCAUAUUUAAACUGGCCAAUUUCUUCGACAGAAUAUUUCUAUUUAUAGAAUCAAAGCUACAAGGACUGCAAUGGACACUUAUGCACCCUCUCCACUCAGCAGCAGCCCUUCAAUGCUUGCACCACUUGCAUACAGUAGGAUAUGAGAAAAUUCAAAAAUAAAAUAGUAUGUAGGUAUAUAGGUUAGAAAUGCAUAUAAGUAAAGAUAUAAAGAUAUAAAGAUAUAAAGUAAAGAUAGUGGAGAAAAGACAUGCUGAAAAUGUAACAAUGAUGUGUUAGAAUAAAUCUUCUUUGUUUGAGAGCCGUUAGAAAGAAGCCCAGCUAUGGGGUCAUUCCUUAAUGCCAGGACAAUAGAGAUAAGGAAGACCUAUGCUUGCAAAAUUUUAUGGGUAGAAAUAGGGAGGUAUUGGUAGUAAUAGGAAGGUGUUGAAAAACAUGUAAUUAAAGAGAUGAUGUUGUCUCUGAAGGCGACACCGGAUUAGUGGGGAUCAAUCACUGGGUCCAUGUAGGAGGGGCAUGGGAGGCGUCAUGAUAGGGAACUAAAAAAUGUGACGCUUUUGAAAUUUCAGGUGUGGCUUUCUGGCUCAAACUCCUUGUUGAGAUCUGCUGAGAUACCACCCUAUUUUGCAAAAUUGAUUUUAAUAAAGUCUCUUUGUUUUCAUCGACCCAUGCUUGUUGGUUGAAUUCAUUUCCAACAAUACCCACCUCCUCCUGGCAGCAGCCAUCCCUAGCCAUGCCAUGUCUCAGUGGCCACUUGUACAUGGCUUCUUCAGCCCUGCUGCACUCAGCCUACACUUCACUGGCCACUCACACAUUCUCAUGCACCACUCUGCAGCGGCCACUAAUCUGUCUACAGGUCUGUUUGCAAACGAUCUGGGACUUGCAACUUCCUGAUGAUUUUCCCCACUGACUUUGCUUGUUGGAAGCCAACAGGAAGUUGUAAAUAGCUUCUUGCUUAAUGACCUGCAAUUCUCAGUUAAUAAUGGCAAUGGAGAGUUUUGAGAUUGCUGUUGCUAAACGAUGCAGUCAUAUGACAUUGCCCUUUACAACAGCAUCCCUUAGAGAUAGAAAUUCCCACUCCAAUUACCAUUGUUAACUGAUAAUGUGAUAUUCAGAAACAUCAGAUUUGGAAAUUAUUUGAAGGGAAGAAUACCAUGAAGUUAUAAAGUCUAUAGAUUAGAGAAACUGAAAACAACAUCUCUGAAUUCAAUGGCAAACUACUAUUGCAACUCUAUCCCAAUACCCUACAUGCAUGUAUGUAUCCAUCAGCAUAUGGAUUAUCAGAAAUGGAGUUCAGUCAAAGCAAUAUUUAUUGUAUGUUGAAAGUAUUUGUAUUUAUGAAUUUUAUUAUGAUUUUAUGACCUGGAAUUUCAGCUUUAUUAUUAGCCUUUUAAUAAAGUGAUAUCAGCAUUUUAGCAUGGCAUCCAUGUCUCCUCUUGAAGUUCAGGAAACCAUAUCUUCUUUUUAGCCAAAUACAUUUUUUAAUAUGCAAAAACUAGUCAAUUCAUAAGCUAAACAAUAUGGAAAAAUAUUCUGGAAUCCAUGAAUGUUGCAAGUGUUAAAGAAACAAGCCUGGACACGAAACAUAAUUUUAAAAGUGUCUGUCUUUUUUCAUUUCUAAUUAAUGUCUUUUAUUAUUUGAUUUAUUACUUUCUGACACAUCACAUAUACCAAAUGAACGUCUCAUUUGUUUCUGACUCUGUAUAAAAACUUGACCUUCCUUAAUAAAUAAUUUUCGUUUUGCCUGAAUUACUUGGACCUUCUUAUUUUCAGGUGGGUGAAGAAGAUUCUUAUCAGCUCCAUGCCAACCUCAGGGUGCCUCAGUUUCUAGGUAACAAAGUUGGGGGUCCCCUAUAAUCCUAUUUAGGGGUCUCCAUGAUGGAAUGGGGGAGGAUCAGAAAAGUUAAGAUGGUGGCAAUGACAUUGUGGUGGAAACCCAAUCUCUUUUCUUCAUGUCUUGCAUGUGACUUGCAAAAAAAAAAAAGAGCAGGGCUUUGAUCACCCAGUUGUGGCUCAAUUUUGACUUUUUCUGAUUCUCUUCCAAUCCUGUUCCCAGUUAUUGGGAAGUAAGUACCUCUGAAACAUGUAUGUAUGUAAAAUGUAUGUAUAUAAAGAGAAGGGGGAGGGAGAGGGAGGGAGAGCAGGAGAAAUUGAUUAACUUCUGGUGUAAAUUGCCAGGUAAUAAUUACAGAAAACACCAAUACCUAAGGUGGGAGGCAACAGAUUAGAAAAGACUGUAGCUCAAAAGCAUUAUUUUCCUUUUAAGUAUUCAACUCUCUUGUUAAGUCCCAAAUAUUUUGUGUGAAAUUAGGUCCUGUGGAAAGCCUGUAUAGUAUAGGUGUGCCAUAUAUUAUAUACUGUAGAUCUAUGGAUGAAAACUGAGAUAAUUAUAAAGAUUUCUUUUUCUUCGCCACCUAAUAAUCUUUGUCCACUCACCAUAUUUGACCCUCUUUUUUUACCUCUGAUUCCGUUAACUCUUUUUAAAAAACAAGAAUAUUAUCAUAUCCUUAAAACACAUUUAUUCAUCUGCGCAGGACUGGAUUAGUUUUUAAAUUCGUGGGUUUUAAUGGGUUUUAAAUGGGUUUUUAAUGGGUUUUUAAUGGGUUUUAUUAUUUGCUAAAUUUUAAUUGCGGCCUAAUUGAAUAAGUUUUUUAGUGGUAUUUUAAUAGUAUUUAUUUUGUAAUAGUACUGUUUAUUUUAUCUGCCUGUAAACCGCCCUGAGUCCUUCGGGAGAAGGGCGGUAUAAAAAUUUAAAUAAUAAAUAAAUAAAUAAAUAAAUAAAUAUCCUGAGUCUGGGGAAAUUGUUUUGUGCUGACACAAGCU